AUAGCUCACUUCUUCUUGUGCUUUGACUGGUUUGAUUGAAAAACUCAUCCAGCUGUUACACAUUAACAUUGGUGGCAUAUGCAUGAUUAUAGGAGACUGGCCAAUCAGCACACAGCAAGAACUUGGUGCUUAACUGAGAUCCAGCUCCUUUAAAUUGAAAUGGUACUUUACAAAUCCUGUCCUAGCUCAAUGUGUCCUCCCUGACAUGGAUUAUCUGGUCAUCCCAUGUGCGAGAGAGGGAAGGGGCUUAGGUUUGUAUAUUUGUGUUAGAGAGGAGUAUUUGCUUUGUUUCUAUAUGUGAGAGGGAUUGGGAAUCGGGUGUUUGUGUGUUGGAGACCGAUAUGAUAAACUUCCUUAGAAGAAGCAGGGAAGACAGGCUUUGAAAAAGCUAAGCUGAUAUUUAUAGUCACUAGGGCCAUUGAUUAUUUGUUCUCCUGUAACGGUUGUCUUUAAUGUAUAACUGGCCUGUGGUUUAUUUUAUGUGGCUAGUGAUCGAUAUUUUUUGCCUCUGUCCUUUUCUGGUUUGAUUCAGUCUGGCAAACUAUGAAGUAAACAUUUAAAGCCUCUUCCCUCUCUCUCAUGCACACCUAACACUCCCCUUCUCUUACCAGCAUACUUAUCCAAAUCCCACGCUUUAUGUUACUGAAAUAACGUAAUCCAAAGCAACACUUUAUGUUAUUGAAAUAAUCUCCAGCUGUUUUAGGACCAAUAGAAGUGUUAUUGAAAAACAAGGUUAGUGUCUUCAGCCUUGUAGUAACUCUGUAACCUUGUUGGAAUCAGCAAGAAUGCCAAAGAUUGCCUCUUGAAAGAGCCAGAUCAGCACUUAUAGGGAAGGUCCCAAUAUAGGUGGAGGGGUGGAGAGGUGGAGGGGGGGCACCACAUGGGCGGUUGUGUCAGAGCAAGCAAGAGCAACAGGGAGAUGGACAUCGUUCUCCAAGCUAAUCUAUGUGGGACCCCGGCUAUGUGAACUCUGGUGUAUGAGGAGGUUGAAGGUCUGGGUCGGUCAUUGAAGGAUGACAAUUUUCACGAAGACUGAUGGGAAAGGACAACAACAACAGAGGCUGAAGGCUGGUUUUUAACACUGCAGUAUCAGUAAUAAUACCCUCUGAAGACCCAGGGAGUUUGGAACUGUGGAACAAUUCACCGAAGGUAGCGGGAGGCAUGAAGACCAGAAAAGAAUGAAAGGAAGAUCAUAAAAUGAGAUGUAUCAGCAAGAGAAACUACCAAUAUUAGGAUGGAUAUCAGUAUAACCCAGCCUGCAGAGGUUGCAGGGGCCAACACUUCCCUCACUCCCACUCUCCUCACAUCCUCUUGCAAUAUUGAUGAGUCCUAUAAAUACAUCUUCCUCCCUCUAUGUUACUCCUUCACCUUCAUCUUUAGCCUCUCCCUCAACUCGGUGGUUCUCUACCGCUCCUUCCGCCACACCAGACGCUGGAAUACCUCGCUCAUCUACAUGGUCAACCUAGCCUCCACAGACCUGAUGUAUGGGCUAUCACUGCCCUUCCUGGUGGCCAGCUACAUCAUGCGGGACCACUGGGUCUUUGGGGACUUCAUGUGCCGCCUUGUGCGCUUCCUCUUCUAUUUCAACCUGUACUGCAGCAUCUUCUUCCUCACCUGCAUCUCCGUUCAUCGCUACCUGGGUAUUUGCCACCCAAUGAGGAUUGUCACCAUGGAGAACAAGCGGGCAGUUAAGGGUACCUGUGCCAUAGUCUGGGCUGUGGUCUUCAUCCUGACCAGUCCAAUCUUCCGCUUUGCACAAACAGGGUAUGUUGUUCGGGCAGCUCAAGGGAACCAGGGAGGAGUCAAUGCCGGGGAGCCAGAAACCUUCCUGAAUUGCUGGGAUGAUGCUAUUGAUGAGGAAUUCUCUGAGUAUGUCCCCUAUGGGAUCAUCCUUCAUGUGCUUGGCUUCUUUAUCCCCUUUGUUGUCAUUGCUUGGUGCUAUUCACAUGUGGUCCUGACAAUAUUUCGGACCUUGCACCUGACUCCCCAGGUAGAACAAGGUGUGGCUGGAAUAGAGAGCAAUGGGAGACAGGAAAGGAUGUCUGUGGCUUCUGGGCAGUCCCCCUAUGUGCACCGCCGGCGUAAAUCUAUCAAAACUAUUGUCACCAUCACCAUUCUGUUUUCUUUGUGCUUCCUGCCUUUCCAUAUCACCCGUACACUCUUCCUGGUGCUGAAGGAGCUAAAGAAUGUCCAUUGCUACAACAUGCGUAUGGUUUCCAUUUGCUACAAGGUCACUCGGCCACUGGCCUCUUUUAAUGCCUGGCUCAACGCUCUGCUAUACUUCCUCACUAAAGACAAGGGGCCACCCUGUUGUCCACGCCCGGACCCCAAUCACCACCGUGACCUCCUCUGGCCUCUGAGGACACUAGGGAGAGCAGGGGAUGGGGAUGAGGUUGGAGGAGCUGAACCAACACCAGACAAGGAAAACGAGUCUAAGUCUACCCGUAUUUGCUUGGAAGAAUUUGAAGGAAACCAGUGAGACUGCCUGGCUAUUGGCUGCACAUUGGAUACAAGGCUAACUGUGUAGAAGAGUCAUGAGGAAUUCCGAUGACUUUUCAAAUAAUUGUUCAGUUGUUGGCACUCAUUUCAAAACGUGCGAUUUAACUGGUCAGUCUAACAGUCACAAACACACUUGAUGUUGAGUAUGCCUGGAAUCCCAAUGACCAAAUACAAUGGUCACUGAACAUGGCACAGGCAUUGGUGAAAUCUGACAGUAUUAGGUAGAUAUGGGGUGACAACCUCUCCAGUUGGACAGUUCUUUAAAUAACUUCAUGCAAUGCACUUAACUCCUUUUGAAUUUCCUUAUGACGUAAUGCACUUUCUUGAAUCUUAAUCCAACCCUGUACUCCGUUUCUUUUCUGGCUGCU